UCUCCCCAAUACAACACAGUCUCUCUCUUCUCUUUCUCUCUCUACUUUCUCUAUUUUAUCAGACUUCAGCCCCUCUUUCAACUUCUACUUUUUUCCCAAAUCUCUUCUCCCUCUUUCUCUGUCUGAGUUGAGAAUUUUUUUUUUGUAUAAAGUUCGGUUUUUGAAUGGUUUUCUGAAGAUGGCUGUGGAGUUGAUGCCAGGAUAUAGAACUGCCGCCGCCGGUUAUACGUCAAAAAUGGAAGAACACGCCGCCCAAGAAGCGGCGGCGGCUGGGCUGCAAAGCGUGGAGAAGCUAAUCAGAUUAAUUUCUCAAUCCCAAAACCAGAAAAGUUUUCAAGAAUCAUCGUCUUCAAAACCCAUAAACACAGAAUACCAAGCGGUUGCAGAUGCGGCGGUGAACAAAUUCAAGAAGUUUAUUUCAUUGCUCGACCAUAACCGGACCGGCCACGCCCGGUUCCGGCGAGGCCCGGUUAGUAAUAAUCAGCAGAAAAUCAAAACAGGAUCUGAUACAGAACCUGUCGGGAUACUGCAGAAUCAGCCCACAAUUCCACAAAAUGUUUGUGAGGUGAAGGAAAAAAAUAGUCCGACCGGAAGAAUUUAUUGUCCGACGCCGAUUCAGAGGCUGCCGCCGCUUCCACACCACCAUCAAUUGUCCAGGAACGGAUCGAUUGAGAGGAAAGAAUCGUCGACCACCAUAAAUUUUGCUUCGCCUGCAAAUUCAUUUAUGUCCUCUUUGACUGGCGACACCGAAAGCUUCCAGCCGUCGAUGUCGUCGGGUUUUCAGAUCACCAACCUUUCACAGGUAUCAUCUGCCGGUCGCCCGCCGCUCUCAACGUCGUCGUUUAAGCGGAAGUGCAGCUCGAUGGACGACGCGAAUGUUAAGUGUGGUGGUGCGUCGUCCGGCAGUCGUUGCCAUUGUCCCAAGAAAAGAAAAUCAAGAGUGAAGAGAGUCGUUAAAAUGCCCGCGAUAAGCAUGAAGAUGUCUGACAUUCCACCGGACGAGUACUCAUGGAGAAAGUAUGGUCAAAAGCCAAUCAAAGGUUCCCCUCAUCCUAGGGGAUAUUAUAAGUGUAGCAGUGUAAGAGGAUGUCCGGCUCGUAAGCACGUUGAAAGGUCAUUGGAUGAUCCUUCGAUGCUAAUUGUCACCUAUGAAGGAGAGCAUAAUCACGUACAAUCGAGUGCACAGACACCGGCGUCUCUAGUCCUGGAAUCAUCUUGAUGAGAUGAUCUGAUGGAAAGACGCUAUUGGACGGCAGAGAUCAACGCUGACCCACCUGCAAAGAAAAAGAGAAGAAUAAUGUGGAUGCUGUCGUCUUUUGCAACUCCCUAGACAAAUGUGUUGGGUCCAAUCCAUUUGUUAAUUAUUGUCACUGUUUGGCUGUUGAAAAACCUUUGAUUCUGUGUAGAAAAAGUAAUAUAUAGCAUGAAAAAGAGAUCAAAUUGUGUAUUUGGUGGGAAUUGAAUCAUGCAACUAUUGGGCUUUUCCCAAAACUAA